GUAGUGUGUGCGCGAGAGUGUUGGGUUUCUUUUUUAACUGUGGUGCGAUAAAAUUUUACAACACCGAGAAAAUCAUGAAUACAGCUCCAGUGUCAUGUAUACCAGUGUCAAACAAGAUGUCCAAGGUGAAGAAAAUCCUCGCAGAGGCUCGAGAGGCUCAAAAUCGGGAGAUUGAUCUCGUUGAUCUCAAUAUUGCCACCAUUGAAGAAUGCCCCAGCCUACUGAGCUUAACUUACAUCACAAGAUUGACGCUGAGCCACAAUAAAAUCCGUGAAUUGCCACCUGGUUUGGCAAAUCUCACCAAUUUGGAGAUCAUCAAUCUCUCCAACAACCACCUGAAGGAGCUUCCGGUGUCGUUGUCCUCAAUGCCAAAGCUGAGGAUACUUAAUGUGUCGAUUAAUCGCCUGGAUUCACUCCCAAGGGGUUUUGGGGCAUUCCCUGUAAUUGAAGUGCUCGAUUUGUCGUACAACAACCUCAAUGAGAAUACCCUUCCGGGGAAUUUCUUCAUGAUGGAAACCCUCAGGGCUCUCUAUCUCGGUGACAAUGAUUUUGAAUAUCUUCCCAAGGAAAUUGGGAAUCUUAAAAAUCUCCAAAUUCUUGGACUUCGAGAUAACGACCUUUUGGAGCUUCCUCGUGAAAUUGGGGAACUAACUCGACUACGAGAGCUCCAUAUUCAGAACAAUCGCUUAACACUUCUUCCACCUGAAGUGGCCAAACUCGACUUGCUGGGAAAUAAAUCAGUGAUGAAGAUGGAAGAAAAUCCUUGGGUGCCACACAUAAAUGAGCAAUACCUUCUUGGCAUAAGUCACGUACUGGACUACAUUAAAUCCGAAGCAUACAGGAUACUCUACAAUCGUCAUAUGGCAGCUGGACGUAGUGGUCUUACUGUCCCACCUAAGGGUGAUAAGAGCAAGAAAGCCUCACGCGCAAGGUCCUAAUUCCUAGGCAUCCUAGAACCCCAGAAAAAAAUGAGAAAUACUUAAAAAUCAACGUAUUAAUAGCUGAAUAACGAUUAAAUGCAAUAUAAUCCCAUAUUGUGGCUUAAAUAAAUCAAAAAAUGUGUGCCUAAUAGUAGUAAAAGUGCCAGACCGUUUAAAAGUGACAGAAAAUCGCUAAAAGUGCUGUCAAAAAAUGCCUUCGGUCACCUUCGGGGCCCAUCGUGUGUGUUCUCUAAAUGUCAAAUUUGUAUUUUUUAAAAACCAAAAAAAACUGACAUUCUGUUGUAAUUUAUAUAUUUUUUACUAAUUUCUCUAAAAAUUUUUUUUUCUCUACAUACUAAAAUUUAUAAAACAGAAAAGAAAAUAAAACAUUUUUCUCUUGAA